CUGGCAGCACACGGUGCGGGCCUAUCUCUGUAGAGUGUAGAGUGUAGCGGCCCCAGGUUAAAGCGCUUGUGACUGACUGCUUGAUGAUAGCGAUUGCAUUGCACUACGCCUACGCUACGCCACGCUGUUGAGUCCAAUAACAACAGUUAUCGCAGUAACCUGUUGUGCGCGUUUGUAGUUCACCUUUCGUUGUCAAACAAACAGAACAGCAAGCAGCAAAACACACAAAAACAAAAACACCGCGAAUCGGAUUAAAUACCAACACACGUACAGGCAGUGCACAAACAAUAAUAUACAUAUAUACUCGUAUAACAUAAUAGACGACUAGAAAAAGUUUACACAUUCAAAUAGAGACCGGGACACACCUGUUUGCUGCAUCCAUUGUGCCGAAAUAAUAGUUACACAUAUAUCUUGUUUCUUAUUCAGUGAGCAAAUAUUGAAUUGAAUCGUUAAAAUGUCGCGCUUAACUGAGGAAAUGGUGAUUGCCCGUGCCAAGCAAUCGGACCUGGGUCUUAUUAAAAAACUCAAUUGCUGGGGCAGUGAUCUCACCGAUGUCAAUAUAAUCAAGCGAAUGCACGGUGUUGAAGUUUUGGCGCUUAGCGUCAACAAAAUAUCCACCUUGGCACCCUUCGAAGACUGCACAAAACUACAGGAGCUGUAUUUACGUAAAAAUAAUAUACAAAAUAUCAAUGAAAUUGGUUAUCUACAAAACUUACCAGCGCUCAAAUAUCUCUGGCUAGAGGAGAAUCCAUGCUGCGAGAGGGCUGGGCCCAAUUAUCGCUCGAUUGUGUUACGCGCCUUGCCCAACCUGAAGAAACUGGAUAAUGUGGAGGUGACUCCGGAGGAGGUCGAAGCAGCCAUACGCAAUAGCGGUCCUCAGCAGGCCGAUGAUGACGUCUAUGAGGAUGCGUAUGAGCCAAAACAGCAGCAGCAUCCACAACAGCAGCAGCAACUGCAGCGCUCCUCUCCUCAGCAGAUACAGCAACAGCAACAGCAACAACAACAACAGCAACAGCAGCAUCAACAGGGGUAUCCACAGCAAUCGCCGCAGCAGCAGCCACCGCAACUAUCGCACAGGGGCAGUGCGAGUCCCUUAAAAGAGGAACCCGCACACCCGCCAUCGCCCAAAUAUAACACCAUUACUAAAGAGCAACGCACUUCCUUUCAUCAAUAUGAUCAUUCGCCGGGUUCUGACCAGGAGAGUCCGCAUGUUGGCUACAGAGAGACGCGCCCAGCGCCCCUGCCACCCAGCAUGUCGACGCACUCGAUGAAGGAAUACUAUCAGUCGGAUAGGCCCAGCUAUCCAGCGCACUAUCGGCACAGUCAAACGGAUUUGACUGAAUGGGAGGAGCAUCAACAGGCACCCCAAGUGCAUCACAAUCCCUAUGGUAGCCAAGUGCAGCUGCACUAUCCCCAGCGACGCAGCGCCGGUCCCGAAACGUCGGGAGAGCGGUACGCUUACAGGAAUGGAAGUGCGCGAGAGAAUGGAGGCGAAUGGGACGUCGAUGAUCGGUCGAGACCUAGGCGACCCGAGGGUCGUUACAGUGAUGCGGUUAGUACUGUUUCUGCCUCCGUACUGAAUCAUUUUGGGGGCUGUCAUCGACGUCCCGUGAAUCGAAAUUCGAAUCUAUUAUCCGCUACUUUGUGCCUGGUCAAAGAGCUGGAUUACGGCAGUCUGGAAGUUUUGGAGCACGCCGUGCGCUGUCGUAUUGACGAACUGGCAGGGGAAUGAUGAAAACGUGUGUCUAAUCGCAUGUCGAUUAGCUAAUAUACUUAAGGGUCCGCAAGAUCCGCAAAGGGAACCACGUCAGAGGGACAGUUGGUAAAUUUGAUUUUAAAGACCAGAAAAAAAGACACUCAGUAACACGACUCGAAAUUUUUUAACUUAUCAAUUUAAUGAAUUACAACAAAUAUUUAAACAAUACUUGCCAAUUGUAACUGUAAUAAUUGUUAACUUUUAUAAGCAUCGAUAAGCUGCAACUUUUCUAAAUGAAAUAUAUGACAUACGGGAGAUAUGUAACGUACGUAGAAUAUGCAUAUGAUAAUUAAUACGAAUUGUAUAAACUAACCCAAGAAUUUAUACGCUCUCAACGUUCUAUAUGUACAACUAAUUUGAUCGUUAUUCUAGUGCAAUUAAGUUCUUAACUUGUUUUUGUUUUAUUUUACACUUGACAUUGCAGUUGUGUUAAUGAAUUAGCAAAGUAAGAAAAC